GGCUGGCUGUGAGCGGGGCUGCCGGCUUCCAUGGGACCUUCACCAAAGGGGCCGGGGGCUGCGCGAGGCUGGUGGGACGUUUUGCUGCAGCUCGGGAGAACUAACGUUUGAAGGAGGAGGAGGAGGGAGUCCUCGAAAUAGCAGCAAUGGCGGAAUUCAACGAUGUCCAUUCAGGGACUGAAAUGCCAGAAGGAGAUGAUGCUAAAUGCAGUUUCCAUAACAGAAUGUUCUUGGAGCCUCAAGAGAAGAAGAGAAGCGUGAAGGCUCUGGUGGUUAAGCAAGCAAAGAAAAGUUGCAGCUGCACUCCAGCCAAAGUUAAAGACUAUGUUUUCAGUUUCUUUCCUGUCUUGCAGUGGCUUCCUAAAUACAAACUAAGAGAGUACCUACUGGGAGACAUAAUGUCUGGUGUGAUUGUGGGGGUCUUACUAGUCCCACAGUCAAUUGCCUAUUCUCUCUUGGCUGGACAAGAGCCUAUUUAUGGCCUUUAUACAUCCUUUUUCGCUAGCAUUAUUUAUUUCAUAUUUGGAACCUCCCGCCACAUCUCAGUUGGCAUCUUUGGUGUGCUUUGCCUGAUGGUGGGACAAGUGGUGGAUCGUGAGCUACAGAGAGCUGGCUAUGACUUAGAACCAGAUGCGCUCAGUGUCCUCACAGAUACAGCAGCGUAUGUAAACACCACCAUUUCACCUGUGAAUCGGACAUCACAGGAGCUGCUCUGUGAUAAAAGCUGCUAUGCAAUUACAGUGGGAGCCACCAUAACCUUCAUAGCUGGAGUUUAUCAGGUGGCCAUGGGUUUCUUUCAAGUGGGCUUUGUCUCAGUGUACCUGUCUGAUUCAUUGCUGAGUGGAUUUGUCACGGGUGCCUCCUUUACCAUCCUGACCUCACAAGCCAAGUAUCUUCUGGGCCUAGACAUUCCACGGAGCAGUGGCAUCGGCUCCGUCAUAGCCACGUGGAUAAACAUCUUCAGAAACAUACACAAGACCAACAUCUGUGAUCUCAUCACCAGCUUCUUGUGCUUUCUUGUACUUAUCCCAACCAAAGAGCUUAAUGAACAUUUUAAAUCCAGGCUCAAGGCUCCAAUACCAGUUGAACUAGUCGUGAUUGUGGCAGCUACUCUGGCAUCUCACUUUGGGAAGCUGAGAGAGACUUAUGGCUCGAGCGUUGCUGGACACAUCCCAACUGGGUUUCUGCCACCCAGCCCUCCAGACUGGAACCUGAUUCCUAAUGUGGCUUUGGAUGCUAUCCCCAUAGCUAUAAUUGGCUUUGCCAUCACUGUCUCCCUCUCAGAGAUGUUUGCCAAGAAGCAUGGUUACUCUGUGAAGGCCAACCAGGAAAUGUAUGCCAUUGGCUUCUGCAACAUCAUUCCUUCUUUCUUCCAUUGCUUCACAACAAGUGCAGCUCUUGCCAAGACUCUUGUCAAAGAGUCCACAGGCUGUAGGACGCAAAUGUCUGGCGUGGUGACUGGUUUGGUAAUCCUAUUAGUUCUCCUUGUGAUUGCACCUUUAUUUUAUUCCCUUCAGAAAUGUGUCCUUGCUGUCAUAACCAUUGUAAACCUCAGAGGAGCCCUGCGGAAGUUUAAGGACCUGCCAAAAAUGUGGUAUUUGAGCAGAGUGGACACAGUGAUCUGGAUAGUUACUAUGGCAGCCUCAGCACUCACCAGUACUGAGAUUGGUCUUUUGGUUGGUGUUUGCUUCUCUAUGCUUUGUGUCAUUUUCCGAACUCAGAGACCGGAGGCACCGCUGCUUGGCUGGGUGGCAGACUCUGAGACAUAUGAAUCCCUGUCUGCUUACAAGAACUUGCAAACCAAGCCAGGAAUCGUGGUGUUCCGUUUUGAAGCACCCCUCUACUACAUCAACAAAGAGUGCUUUAAAUCCACCCUGUACAAGCAAACUGGGGUUAACCCAGUUGGGGUGAAGACAGCAAAGAAAAAAGUAGCAAAAAGAAUGCUUAGAGAGAAAGAGGUGGAUUCUGGUGUCAACGAGACCAGCAUCUCCAUGGAUUUUGUUUCUGAACCCCUGGGGUUUCACACAAUAGUGAUUGACUGUUGUGCAGUACAGUUUCUGGACACAGCAGGAAUAUGCACACUCAAAGAGGUCUGCAGGGACUACAGGGAGAUAGAUGUCCAGGUGCUACUGGCCCAGUGCAAUCCUUCGGUGAGAAGUUCCCUGAUCCGAGGAGAAUUCUUUAAGGAGGGGGAGGACCACCUUCUCUUUCACAGUGUGCACCAGGCUGUGGACUUCGCAUUGGGUUCACAGGGGCGCAGUGGGAACAGUGCCUCUAAGAACUAGUUGUGGAAAGGGAGCAAGCUGGAACAAAGCCUAAGGGGGGAAAAAAUGGCUAUGGGUCUGUAUGUCUAUGCAAUAUAUAUGCACUCAGAUAAAAAGAGGCAGAGUUGUUUUUAACACACUGGUUACUAUGAAGCCUGUUUUGAUGCUUUAAAUUUGCCUGCCAGGUGUAGUGAUUCAAUAGGUGGUACUGAAUGAAGGCAAUUCUUAACUUGAUUAUGGCCAAUCUGUGAAUCUAAGCAUGUUCAUAUGGUUAUUCAUCUCAUUUCUCUUCUCUCUUGAACUUCCCUUGCCUCAGUUCCCCUCUGAGUUUUGAUCAUCAGCAUUGAAGUCUUUAUUGCAGCCCUGUCUUUAUGGAUGGGGUGGGAUUUUGAAGUAGUCUGGGCAUCCUGUCCAACUGAAUAAUGAGAGGCAGCUCAUUUCUUGUCCCUCGUUCUGGCAUUGCUUUUCCAUAUUACCACACCAUUAUAUUUUCUAAGGAAUGACUGACAGAGACUGUUUGCUCUGGUCUUUACCAUGGAGUGAUUGGUUGGUGAUUUUGUAACCUCCCUGAAUUUGAGACACAGAUAGAUAAAUAAAAUCUAAAUAUGCAUGAAAAGGUCUUAAUGAAUAGCUUCUAACCACUAUCACCUCCAGAGGCUUUGUCGUCACCUCCUGCGAGCCUCCUGCAGCCAGGCAAUGGGGGCAUGGUUAUCUCAUCUCUACAGGCCUUUAUGAGCCAGGAAAGUUUGCCUCUUCAGCUUGAAUUUUUUUGUAAUGGUUUUUAUUCAGAGGUGACUGUUUAGAAGUCUCAUUCAUCCUUAUGGUCAGUCAUUUGUUUUCCUAAUAUUUAGGAGCUCAUUAGAAUUGUAGACAUUAGAUAUGGAAAAUGUCUAAUUCUUUAUUUUCAACAGAAAAUAGUCCCUUAUAGACAGUUUUUUAUGCCAGACAGACAGAAUUACAGGCAUUAAAAUGAAAAGGGUCAAAUAGAUAAUCCAGCAUCUGUCCAAAUUUGUCCAAGUCACACAGACUUCAUGUGUGAACGCAGGUUUUAUUGACUGUAAACCAUUUAUGUAUGCUCUGUCAUGGACUUUUUAUAAUGCGGAUGGACAGGCCAAGAAAUACAGCUAUUAGAAAAGGAGCUAGAGAGAAUUUCUGCUGAAUGUUAUUUCACCAUGCUAGUGUAAAUAAAACUUUGUACUUUGAUUUUAAAUUAUGCAUAACAGAGAAGAGUGCCUGUUCUUCAUGCUAAAAUACAAGCACUGGGAAGAGGUUCUCUUUUCUUACAGCAACAGAAUACAAUUCUGAAGGCAGAAUUGAGCGAUUAACAGUUUCUACUGACUACCAGCUAUACAGAGCACACAAUCCGUCCUUGGAAGAUGGUGAUUUCUCCCAGGGGAGUUUAUAGUCUGAGUUGCAGGUUCUUCACAGCUUUUAAAGGGAAAAGAUGUUGUAUACAGACAAUAUUCUCAUCUGCCGUUGUUCAAAAGUGAGUCAGGAGUCAAAAAAGGAGUAAAAUGCAAUACCAAUCUUGAAACAUUUUCUAAAUAGAAAAUUGAGUUUAGGAUUAUUUUUUUUGAUCUGAGGUAGGACUGGUAACUAUGCCCUUCUUUCUAUGAAAAAGGAGUUGGGACCUCAAGAGAAGGACGAGGUAGCAGAAAGAUGAGUCCCAGGACCUGGCAAACUUUAUAUGUUAACUGAACUUAAUACAUUUUUUAGGACCUCUUAGCAACAUAAUGAAAUGCUGGGGAAGGUGGGGGUGGCUGGUGGCUGUAGCAUAUAUUGAAAAGGAGCGCAUAACUGAGAUCUGUGCAUUGUGUGUUCUAGAACUGGCAUUGUUAAGGAAACAGGUCUCCAGAUAUCGAAGAGAAAAUGCUGAAGCUUCUGCAGUAUUCAAAAACCCCAAAUAUUUUUCUUUCUCAGCCUUGAGGCAUGUUUAUACAAGGAGACGAAUCCCAAAUAGCUAAUGCUGAAUUUUUUAUUUUCUGCAGUAACCUCCUGCAUGAACUUUUUUAAUUCUGUGUGAAGAAUCCUUUAUGCAGUUUGGAUAAUUGUAAUUACUCAAUUGGUAUUACCAGAGUGGAUUAGCCUAAGCCGUAUAAAAGCAGUGAGUGGGGUUAAAGCCCACACAGGGAGUGAGUGCAGGAUGGAAAUUAUGUUUUAGUUCCUCAUCGUACCUGUUUUGCAUUGAGUUCCCAUUCAGAGCCCCUGGGUUGGUGUCGAGAGGGAGCUGGCGCUACGGCGGCAGCUCCCGCCAGCUGGGUGCCAGCUUGGGAAGGCUUGUCACCGCAGGGGUUUGCCUGGCUUGUCACCCCAGGGGUUUGUGCCUGGCCACUGACGGGCUGGCUGGCGGCAGGCAGACCCACACAUGUGCAUUCAGCAGACAGCAGUGCAAGCAUCACUAGAACUUUGAACGAAAGCCUCAAUACCAUUUCUUAAAUGCUGAUUUUAACUAUAUUUUUCAAGAGAGCAGAACAGUGCUAGAAGCAGUGCUCUCUUCUCAAAGCCCUGGCAGACAAUAAGCAGCGUACGUUGUUAUUGCAAAUGUUCCUGCCUACCCCCAGCUACUCAUUCUACCCCUUUGCCCCCCCAGGCAUGGGCAGCUGAGAGGGAGGGGAGGAAUGAGCAGCUGGCCUGGGGGCUUCCUCUAAGGCAGGUCAGCCACCGGUGGGAUAGAAGUGAGGUAGAAUUUGCUCCAAGUAAUUCUUUCCUCUUUACGCUCACAAUUCCUCUCUCCCGUACUCUUUCCAUGCUGCCUGGGUGGAGAUUUUUUGACCUGUGACCAUGCACAGGUUUGUAGCCAAAUUCUAACCAAGAAGGGGAAAACCAGCAAUUACUUAUUAAAAGAUGUUUUUUUCAAAUCCAUUUCUACCUGUGUCAGAAAGGGAGGAAUAGCAAAGUUACUUCCAAGGAGUAUGCCCUUUAAACAGCUGGCAGGAUGCAUAUUUGUAGCUCCUGGGUAUUUAUUUACAUAAAAGCACAAUAAAACAGUCAUAAAUUGAUUUUUCAAAGAAUUAAUUUAGAAUACAGCUAAAAGAUAUACCAAAUUGAUAUAUAUUUAGCUACAGCACAUUGUAUUUGGCCUCAAUGCUGUUUGUGCAGCCACAACUGGCAAUAUAGCCUCCAAAUUCCAUGUUAAGCAAAAGACAAGAAACUGUAUUAAAAUGCAACAGCAAAAGCAGCCAGCCAGCCAACCAAAAGAACAAGUUUUAAUGUUCUUAUUUAAGAUAAUGUCCAGAGGUCAUAGUAUUAAUAAGUCCGUAUUAAUGCGCACAGCCCUAGUUGAAAGGGAACAAAAAUAAAUGCCACUUGCCAGAGAGUUCAGUAUAAUAGAGAGUCCUUUGGAAUUAACUGAAGAUUAGAGUUUAUCAUGGCUGGAAUUUUUACAACAGUGGGGUUUCAGCCAUUUUCCUUUUAGGCCUAGAAUAACUUUUUAGCAGAGCAGAGACAUGAAUCUGAUUCAAGCGUACUGGCAAGAAGCAUACUUUGCUUGACUAUGUUUAUGGACCCUUUAGAAGUAAUUCAAUUUCACCUUUAGGAAUCAGGGCAACUGAUUGAAAACUGUUUCCCUAAAUGAUUUAUUUUAUAAAGGAAUUUCAUAUAUAUAUAUACACACACAUAUAUGUGUAUGUUUGUAUGUGUGUACACAUAUAUACACCUUUUGCUGCUGUAUGAUGGAUGCAGCAGCUAUAUAUAUCCAAUUACACUUGAUACUCCUGUUCCUGUCCUGGGAAGGGCUCUUCUGCUUUCUGCUGUUUUAAAUGAGCAGUGGAAUACACAUACCGGAUUUUAUAAGGGGAAAUCUGACAUACCCACUGCUUUCUACACCUUCUCUUAUGCCUGCCUCACGGCUUCAUUUGUAAUCUAUAGGAAGAGAAGGGGAAUCUCAGAACAAUUGGUUUGGGGUUUAUGCCUCUGUCUGGGACGGGGAAUGUUCAUCCCAGGUGCAACCUUUAGAACCUUAGGCUAGACGGGAAGAUGCUAUAAAUCAGUGGAUCUCCAUUCCCAAACUUACUAAUCGGCAAUUAUCAGUCUAAAUGAAGAAUUAAGAGAUCAUUAGCACGUUCAUUAGUGACAACAACACUUGGCAUUAUGGAAAUUAACACACUCAGUCUCAGCUAUACUAAAGACUCCUUUUCAAAGACAUUUCCAUGUCUUUAGUAGUCUCCUGCUAAAUGUCAGGCUUUUUUUUUAUGUUUAUUGCUAUUACAGAUAGUAGUGUCAGUUGCAGUUGCACUAAUGAAUGUUUCACUUGUGUGCAUGUUUUGACACGGAAAUAAUUUUCGGUCCACUUCAUAAAACAGGGAAGGGUACUGCAGUGAGGCAUGUGGUGCUUAUUUUUGGAUUAUAAUGCCAUUGCCAACCUUAGUCUUGUGUGAUUUAGUGAUCCCGAUUUCCUUGUAAGCCCUUGCAUCUCCAUCUGCUCCUCUCUAAUUCACUGUGGGACCCACCUGCACCCUCUGACUUCUUUCUGUGUUUUGCUGUAAAACGUUGCAUACGUUUGACUGUAAAUAGAAUAAUCGCUGCCUUUGCGUAUGUUGCUAUUACACGUGAGCUGCUACUCAAUUUUCACGCCAGAUCUUUUGAUAAGGCUAAAGCUCCUGAACAAAGAGCGUGAAACAAGGCCAAAACCCCACCCAUCUUCUGGGUGCUGCCGCUGUGAGAAAGGGGGCUGGGGGCUGCUGGUGGGGGAGCAUCCCUGAGCAUGUCCCCCGAUGACAUGUGGGUGCCCAGUGUGGGUCUGGGCGAGGGUUUGUGUAGCUGCAGGAGUAAUGACAGGUAAACCUGGAGGUGUCUUUAUUAUGGGGCUACUGUGACACUGUGUUAUACAGCCAUGUGCCUUUCUCCAUAACAAGUGUAAGAAUCACACAGGACCUAGGUCCUGCUCAGAGCUGCUGCAUGAGUUGCUGUCCCGAGCUACAUAUAUAAGGGAUUUCUGUUUUCAUGCUUGUUUAUUUUAAUCUAAUUUUAAUCUAAAUCCACAUGUGGUUCUCCCAGCCAGGGCAGCAGAGCUUCCAUGGCUGCUGUGCUCUUUCCUUGUCGGGCUGCGGUGAUGAAUGGAAAGGUGCUCUUUGGGGGGAAAAAACACAGCCAUUCCUUCCUCUCCACUUACUUCUGCUGGCUUGUGCCAAGAGACAUUAAAACCCACUGCUGAAGUGCAGCAGGGAGAUAUCACAGGCAGGAAAGCAUCCUUGCGGCUGCACCAGGGUUUUAAGCCGGUCAAUACCCCACUGCUUCCCAUGGCCUUGUGCUGAGGUUGGCUGUGAACUCUGCCGGUGCCAGGUCCUAGAUCUAGGCUUGCCUGGUGGAAUCCAGUCUUUUUGUUGCCAUUCCUCCCUUCAGAAGACCAGCAGCACUGCACAUCUCCCUGGGUCCAGUUCCCUGAAUCUUUCACUCGGGCUGUGCUCAGUCCCUGUUCCCCACCACCUUUAGCUACCUGCUGUCAUCUCCAGUGCUGCUGGCACAAAGACCUUUUAGGCAGGUUGAAGUCACGUCACUCGUGUGUCUCCAUUCCAGAUACGGGGCAGGAAUGGCCAUGCUGGCCCUGCAUCCGGGCACACGGGAGCUGACCUGAGCCCCCCUGUGCUCCCAGUGCAGUGAGGACCACAGCUGGGCCAUAGGAGUCUGCUGGUCUAAAAGAUCAUAGAAACUGGAACAAGAGGAAAACCUUUGAGUGAAGGGUGAAAGUGAAACUCUUCAGGCAAAGAGUUUUUUUCAGGGCAUUAUCUUCUGUUGUGUGGUUUUUUUACACAUGCUUUGGAAAAGUGAUUAAAUGAUUGAGGUGAUUUACAUUCUUUUAGGGUUUUUUUACUAACAUAGCUAAGGUAAUGAAGCUGUGACACAGGUAGCAGUCAUCUGUUGCUAAUGCCAUUCAAGGUGCUUUGUAUCUGUGUAGUUUAUUUUACUUUGCUGAGUCUCAAUGUAGGAUACCCUUGUGAGACUUCAAUAUUGAUAUAACUGUCCACACUAGAAGGGCUUUGCACUUCUGCUAUGCUGGCAUAGAUAAAGGGGGCAAUGUCUUUAGUGCAGACUUCGCACUGUGAGUCACCUUGUACUUGCACUUGGUUGUCAUGUUUGUAAGCCUUUGUAGGAUCAGCUGCUCAUGUGAAAAACUACCUGAUCUUUACUAGUUCAAUUGAAUUCCACUGGAAGUGGAAAUAAUUCUGAGUCUUGCGUUUUCUUUUGAGGUCAUUACACUGCUGAAAGUGAGGCCUCUGGUUAGGUAAAAUGGCAAAUCUUUAAUAUAUGUAUAUAUUUAAUUCAUACUGUAAUUAGUACCUUUCUAUUUUAUUUUCUAGAGAUGAUAUAAGCUAAGGCAUAUUGCUGUUUCUCUAAUGUGCAAAUAUACAAAAUAUUGGAUGGAGAAUCAAAUCUCCAUUGAGUAAAUUUAAUGCCAAAAAUAUUUGAAUUCCAGCUCCCUCUAGCUCUGAAAGCACUUAGCUCUUCAUCCACCUCCCAGCUGAUCUCAGGACUCCAGAGGAAGAUAGGAAACGAAACGUUUUGCUGGACUUGGGUCCAAGUUUUUUAUGUCUAAUUUUUGAUUUAAGGAAGUAAAUUUUAUGUAUAUUUGAAAUGCAGCUGAAACAUCGUUAAAGAGAGGUAAAGCCUCACUUUUUCUGGUAAGCACAUGAUGCUUUGAGUUUGUCAGCCUCUUGAGUCCAUGACCAUCAUCUCUAGUACCUUGGUGUGUUCUGGGGUAUGAUUUUUGAAUUAUUUUAAAUUCAGAAUAAUUUUAGAUAUUUGUGGCAUAAUGUUUUGCAGAAUAAACAAAAUGGCAAAUUUUGCCUGGAGUAAUUUUUUCAAGUUGGAGAAUCAGUUUAACCAAACAGGACCUCAGGAAUGGAAUAGAUCACAUUGGUCAGCUGACCUAACCAGUUUACAAAAUGGUUUGUUUGAAUAAAAUGUGGAAAAGUUGUAUAGUAUGUAUAAAAUAUCACUUUACUUUUUACUGUGACUUAUCUGUGCAGUAAAAAUAAGGUAAAAUGUUUCCCCCAGUUGGGUGGCAGAAUCUGGGGCGCUGGGCGAGCUGUGUUGCUCUGUGGCAUCAAUCCGUGCCGGGUGGGUGUUUGGGGACACGGACCUUGCCCUGCACCCAGCAUGGGGAGAGAUGUGAUACCAUCAGCUCCUUGCUGAGCGCUGUGCUCAACGACCAAAUGUUUGUGAUGAGAGUUGUUUUUCGUCAGUCGUCUUCUUAUGUCCUACCAUCAGCUAUGGGGUAUAGCCUCUGCGUGUUGUUGACUCUCCUUUAUGCUGUCUCUGUCUGUUAUAUAUGUAUCAACUGUAAUUUUUAAAUGCUAAUGUGCCUUAACUGUCAUUGUAGAAGAUUUGUUUUCGCACAAGAAUUUUCUAUCAAGUAUGGUAAAAUCUUUGGGAUUUCUUUACCACCAUUAAAAGAUGAUAU